UCGUUGUUAUUCUUGAAUACACAAAAUCACACCAUGGAAAUUAUAAAAGGCAGUUUAGACGACAUUUCCCGACCAACGUCGAGUAAGCAGUCAGGUAGUCGUGUGUCGAGCGUGUCUUUGCCUCAUCCUGACAGAAUUUGUCCCGCAACUCCAUUCUCCCUCGUUGUUUUGACCAACGAUGCAGCUGAUGUUCAGAGCAUAUAUGAAGAAACUAGAAAGAACUUCUCUUCCGGAGAUCCUGACAAGGGCCAGUACCAGGUUGGUGUCAGCGUCACUGAUGACGAGAUGGGUGAUGUACAGCUACAGGAAGCCAUAAAGGAAAUGAGACGGCUUGAUCAAAUACUGUCUGACAUGAUCUGCAAAGAAAAAGAAGUCAGGCGUCAAAGGAGAGAGGUUCAAGCAAAACUCUGGCAAGAGCUCCUGCAGAAUAAGCCUGAAGGUCACUCAGAAUCUGCCCAUGAAGCUAUGAACACAAGGUUGUUUUUGGCCCUGGAAGCCCCCACCGGGACAGAAGAGGAGGACGACUUUGUGCCGUUUUUUGAAACUCAGGCUUUUGACUUCGAGCACAACGGAAACCUCAACUCUGAGCAAAGUGAAAAGAGGCCAAGCAGCUUGACAGAAUCAUUUGAAGUCGGCCAUGAGGACACUGGGGAAGAGCAGUUUGAAGGCAGCCACUGUGGAGCUUCCAAAGGCAAGAAAAAACAGAGGGACUUUGUCAAGAGAAACAUUGAGUUAGUAAGCGGCGAGGGGGACCGAGUGCUUUUGACCCAGGCGGAGAGAGAGCGUCUGGCCGAGCUCCUCCAAGAAGUAGACGGAGAGGAAGAGGACAGUGCCAGGGGCGCAGACGGUGAGAUAUUUAGAAGAAUCCUGCAGUGCUGCAAAGCUCCGGAAAUGUUUUGUGGACUAAGAAACCUCACCCAACUUUCCAUCUGCACGAGGGAGGACACACGGGCCGUGUCGGUCCAGACAGGCCACGGUUACACCCCGGAGCCCUCUGACCUGGAGCAGCUGAUCCACAUCAACUCCAAAAUCCGCCUUCUCCCUUCUGUCGAGGAAUUUCUCUCAGUGAAAAGCUCUUGCACAAACCUGAGCUUUUCCCAGGCCCAUGGCUCAAACGUUGGCUGGAAGUGUGAUGGGGACCCGCAGCCAGGAGAGACGGUCCUGCAGGAUACAAAGGAGAGGAGAGGGCAGGAGAGGCGGCUCCAAGAGAUCCAACAGCAGCUGGAGAUCCUGGGCCGGGGCCAAGAGAUGACUCGUUCCCUGGAAACCAUAGAGCUCUGUCUGCUUUUAGGAGCCUCUGCAGAAUUACAACCAGCGGAACUGUCACUCGUACCCCGAACCCUGUAGCUAAAGGCACAGCACAAGAAUGUGCCAAGCACAAAGGUUGAUAGCCCUGAUUUCUGCUUCCUCUGACAUUCAUGACUUUACAUUUUAUGUGAGAGGAAAGAAAAACACUGAGAUGAAUGCUGUAGUUUGACUUUGUCAGCGUUUGGAUGGGCAGCUUCUCCCGGUCUUGCACAACAAGCUACCUGUACCUGGGCACUCACAGCCCCUCCAUUGAUGGAAUUCAAACUUGUUACCCUAAACUUUCCCAACACAUCAGUUCUCACGCUGAUGAACCACAACAUGAUGUAUAUAAGCCUAAAUUAGACAUAAAAGAUGCCCAUCUUGCUCACAAACCGUGAGCUAAUAAAACCAUUAAGUGGCAGCCACACCCGCACAUCAAACAAGGCACCAUGCCAUGCAACCCAAACCUAUUCCUGGCCUAAUUAAGGAGACACAAUUGGAAUGUUUUGCUAAUUAAGCCAAACUCCGUUUGAGGAAACUGUUCCCUCAUUAUGAUCACGAAACUUCAAAACCACCAGUUUCUUAAACACUGGUGUAGCUAGACGCUCUUUGCAUUUAGCUAUGUGUCACUGCAUUUUAUAUACCGUCACCAAACGAUUGAACCCAGCGAGCGUCUGCAAUGCACACAGCACACUUUCAGCUUAUAUAUAUUCUCGGUGCCACGGGGGCUUGUUUUGUGGUUGGAAAAGAUUUAUUUGUGUGGAAUUUGUCUGGGAGGGCACUCACACAGUCUCACACAGCUCCAGCAUAGUCAUAAAGUUGAUUUGUGCAUCAUCCAUAACUCAGAUGUCUUCUCACACUCCUUUUGCGCCUGAACCUGUGUACCAACUCCGCAGGCUUCAAAAAGAAAAAAAAGUAAAUCAAAUUCUAAAUUAUGCAGGGAUACAUAUACGAGAUAUAGUGUGUUGAAGCAAGUUUUAGGUUGUGGACUUAAUCUUUUGUCUUGUUUUUAGUCUUUAAGCUAAGCUAGGUUUAAUAUAAUGGCCUCUAGCUCCAAAACUAACCUGCAGAUAAGAGAGUGGAACCAGUCUUUUGAUUUCCUCUAACUGAACUCAGCAAGAAAACAAAAAGCAUAUUUCCCAAAACACUGAAAUUUUAAGUACUAUUACAAAGUGACCUACCUAAAUACGAAUAAGAAGUACUUAGAAUUUGUAGCAUUUUCAGAUAUUUUUUAUUUGUACCCCAUUUCACCCUAUUAGCAUGCAUAGUUCUAGUAAAUUACAAAAUACUGCUGUAUAAAGUGAUAUAAUUUCUUGGACAGAUUAUAAAAAACGAGUCCAAAACACGUACGCAUGUUAGUUGUGAUGCGGUGGUCCAGAUAUUGCUGUUUGUUUCUCUGUCUGCCAAAUCUUUUAAAGAAAUGGGGUCAACUUACAGUUAACACUUAAGAGUUAAAAAAAAAAGAUUCCUGAAUUCCAGAGAAGGAAACGAGCGUAAGAGGUUGAUUGUUACCGUGUGUUUUAGGAACAUGUUUGAAAUAAAAAUAUUUUACUGAGGUGCCAUACCUCUCUAGAGCUAAUAUGAUAGAUUAGGUUAUCAGAUGAUUUCCCUCCAAAUGGGAAGUGAGGCACUCGAUUGUUUAGUCUGGCCUGCCGCUGACUGUAGAACUUAUUGUCAAGGUGGAAAAUGUUCAAAAGCUAAGACUAAUUUGUUGUAGCAGUGUCAACAGACCGGCUGAUCUUCAGUUUGAUAGAUUCCUGUGUGUUAGCAAAAGGUUUGUCUAGAGCUCUACCUUUUUCGUGUGUUGCUUUGGAUACGGAUCUGAGACCUGUAAUUUUGUGCGUCAUCUCUGCUUCUCCUCUCUCUCAAUCCAAACAGUCCCCCAUUCCAGUGAAAGUCAUAUCCGUGCCAAUAAAUCUCUCCCCUCA